CACCGCCCCAACACGUCCGCCAUUUUGCAGUCGUUUUGCAAGAGCUGCUUCCAUUCGUGGUGCAGCGCAAAUCAAUACAUUUCGCGCUAAGUGGGUUUCUUUUUUCAUUUGGAAAUAUUUACAGGCAACACGAUGGCAAACCCAUCAGCAGAUGUGGAGCUUCCAGAGGGAGCGGAGGUCCGCAAACUAUCGGAGCUGAGAGUUAUCGAUCUGAAGGCCGAGUUGAAGAAACGAAACCUGGACACGACUGGCGUCAAAAGCGUCCUGUCGGAUCGUCUGAAAAAGGCGAUUGAGGAAGAAGGUGGUAAUCCAGACGAGAUUACCCUCUUUCCGGAGUCGACCCCUAAAAAAGCCAACCUUACACCCAAACGAGGAGCCAUUAAAGAUGCCAGGCAAGAGAAUGAUGAAACAGAAGAUGGCACCAUGGAGGAGGAUUCCCGUGACGCACAUGAUGACCUGGACGAUCACGAGAACAUGCAGGACAUGGACAUCCAUGACAUGAAUAUUCUGGACGAGACAGAGAACGAUAGUGGCAUUCUGGCUGAAGACCACAUGGAGGAUGAAGAUAAAUUUGACGAAGAACAUGACCUUAAGGCUCUCGAAUCUGAAGAUGAAGCUAGGGCUUUAGAAUUGGACCAGUGUGGGACUUUUGAUGGGGAUGAAGAUAUGAACUUCUUAUCAUCCAACAUGGAUUCAGAUGCUGGCGAAGGACAAGCAGAAAAUGACAAAGUAGCCGGGUCUUGUUUAUCUGAGCCGCUUAAAGAAGAUCGCCCCGGGACGAGCCCCGAAGAAGAGCAAGCCGCCACCGCCAGAGGGGAAGACGGUGCAUCCGCCACCGGUGCCAGGUCCGACGGCGACGCAUCUGUCGAGGAGAGCAAAGAGGCCAGGGACGAGACGAGCGUCCCAGAAGAGACAUUUGACUCUGAAAACAAAAGCUCGCAAACUGUUAGUGUAAGCGAACAGGGUGACACGAGUGAAACUGUUGAUUCAGAAAAGGGGUCUAAGAAGGGGGAGAAGGAUGAGAAGACGGAAGAUAACGCUGCUCCGGAUUCAACCUCACCGCUGAAAGAGUCCUCUUCUGUAGAGGGCGAUGAUCAGAAAAAGAGCUCUGAGGAAAAGGAUGACAAGACGGAGUCAAAAGAUGAAAAGGCUGCUGGAAGUGGUGUUGCAGCAAACAGUAGCAGGAAUCUAUGGGUUAGUGGUCUGUCCACAACUACCAGAGCAACUGAUCUGAAAGCUCUGUUCAGCAAACACGGCAAGGUUGUUGGUGUAAAGGUGGUGACUAACGCAAAGAGCCCCGGUUCUCGCUGCUACGGCUUCGUCACAAUGUCGUCCACAGAGGAGGCCACCAACUGCAUCAACCACCUCCACAGAACGGAGCUGCAUGGCAGGAUGAUCUCUGUGGAGCGGGCUAAAAACGAGCCCACAGGGAAAAAGCCGGCUGAUAAAAGUGACACCAAGAAGUCUGGUGCUGACAGGAGGCACUCCAGUGACUCCAAGACUGAUGGAAAAGAUGAGAAGACUGAUGGAGAAGGAAAAGACAAAGAGCGAGAUGAGAGGACUGUAGUCAUGGACAAGUCCAAGGGAGAACCCGUCGUCAGCGUCAAAACCAAAAGCAAAAGCAGGGACAGGAGCACAAAGAGUCGAGAUCGUGCCUCCUCCAGUAAGGAGAGGAAGGACAUCCUGACCUUCGAUCAGAUCAAGGAGCAGAGGGAGAGAGAGAGACAGAGGCAACGAGAGAGAGACAUCAGAGAGGCUGAACGACGCCGAAUCCCGGACCGCAGCCGUGACCGUUCAGAGCGAGAGCGAAUCCGUCUGUUCAGGGAACGAGAAGAGAGGAAGGACUUGAUGCAUAACAGACGCUGGCUGGAGGUUGAGAAGCAGCGCCUGGAGGCCGACCGCAUGGAGCGUCAGUUCCUGGAGCGCGAGCGGAUGCGUAUAGAGUACGAGCGGCGGCGCGAACAGGAAAGAAUCAUGAGGGAGCGCGAUGAGUUGAGGAGGCAGCAGGACCAGCUGCGCUACGAACAGGACAGACGCCCAGUGAAGAGGCCUUACGACAUGGAUGGAAGGAAAGAUGAUUGGUCCGAUAAGCGGAUGGCUAUGGACGACCGCUACAGCCGCUCAGAUUUUAAUCGCCAGGAUCGCUAUCAGGACUUCGAUCACAGGGACCGUGGCAGGUUCCAAGACGACUCCCGAGGGAUGGGUGCUGACAGAGAUGGACAGCACUUUUCAGACAGACAUGGCAGAGACUCCUGGGGCGGAGGCUACGACAAGCGCAUGAACACGAGGGAGGGUGGCCGUGACUGGGACUCCGGUCGGAAGAUGGAUGGAGACAGACCAUGGCAAGGCAGAGACAGCGGUAUCCCGGGUCAGAGCCACAUGACACGUGGAGGAAUGGCAGGUCGUGGAAGCUACAUGAACACAGGAACCUCUCAGUCUCUCUCUGGAGGUCCGAACAGACAGAACCAGAUGAUGCAGGGCAGCGGGAUGCAGGGCGGAGCUUUCGGGCGGCGCUACUGAUCAUUUUUGAUCUGUGAUGUUUAGAUUGUUUCAAGUGGUUGAUAACUCAGACUUAACUGUUUUUGUACUUUUUUUGUUACAAUCCUUCAAAAUGCAUUUUUUUUUAUCUUGUAAUGUAGUGAUCUUCUGUCCAAGUGUUUAUCAUUUUGUUUAGGCUUUUUUGUUCAACUAGACCAUUCUGUGAAUCUUCCCUUUUCUCAGCUCUUCUGAUAUCAGAUGUUUGUUAGACAGUUCAUGGACCUCAGCACCAGUCUGCUUCCUGCAUCAUCUCGUCAGAAACUUUUUGAAGUUUCUGUUCUUAUUAGAGGAGAGUUUGCUUCAUUUAUUUUGUUCAGAACCUCCUCGAUGUCCUUCUCUUCAAAUCUUAAUUUUUAUUUUCUUUUUUUCAGAGGAUGACAAUGAUUUUAAAUUAAAGUCACAUGUUGGAUUCUUCAAAACUACAUUUUUUUAAUUCUAAAAUGUACUGUAUGCUAAGCUGAGUGUUUUUUUUUUUAGUUUUGAUGAUUACUCUUCAGUUGACAGUGUUUUAUUUUAAUAUGUUGUUCAGCUCAGAACAGCUGGUGUCUUGUAAAACCACUGUGUGAAGUUAAAAUAAAUAAUUUUUCAUCUUAUUUUUAGUUCACGUUCCGAAAAACAAGUUCUGACUUUGUUAAAAUGGCAACCAUUAAACCUCUGUCGUAUUACAGUUUAUCCUUUGAAACAAAUACACUGUAAAUAUGUUGCAUCAGAUAUUUGUCUCUAUCUGAAGUUUGAGUUUAAGAUGGACAGAAAUGUCUAAUGUGAAGAACUUUCAGCAGGUUAAUGUAGGAACUUCUCUAAAUAAAGUUUCUUUUAGUAGUUUAA